CCGCCGCUGCUGCUGCUGCUGCUGGCCCUAGGCUUGCUUCUCGCCGGCCCUGCGGCCCCUGCGAGCGUCCACCUGAAGCAGCUUGGCAGCUUCUCCUGGGAUAACUGUGACGAGGGGAAGGACCCUGCGGUGAUCAAAAGCCUGACUCUGGAGCCUGACCCCAUAGUCGUGCCUGGGAACGUGACCAUCAGUGCCAAGGGCCAGACCAGUGUCGCCCUCAGUUCUCCUCUGAAGGUGGAAUUAACUGUGGAAAAGGAAGUGGCUGGCUUCUGGGUCAAAAUCCCGUGCGUGGAACAGAUUGGCAGCUGUACAUAUGACGACUUCUGUAAUGUGCUUGAUACUUUUAUUCCCCCUGGGAACCCCUGCCCAGAGCCCUUGCACACCUAUGGGCUUCCCUGCCACUGUCCCUUCAAAGACGGCACCUACUCACUACCCAAGAGUGAUUUCACCAUGCCCGACCUGGAGCUGCCGGGCUGGCUCAGCACCGGGAACUACCGCAUCCAGAGCAUCCUGAGCAGCAGCGGGACACGUCUGGCCUGCGUCAAGAUCGCCGCCUCUCUCAAGGGCAAAUAGCGGGGCAGCAGCCACAGCAGAAUGAAAGGGUGUGAGGAAGGUCUCUCUUCCUCUGCCUGGCGUUUGCCAAGGCCAACUUCUGGCUCUGCCCUUCUCCAGCUCCUACGAUGAUGAGUCUGCUACCUUCCCUGAAAAUCAUCUUGCGCCACUGACGUUUUAGGCUGGGGCAAGCAGCCCUGACCCAGUGGAGGUCGAGCCUGGCAGCUCUUGAUAGCCCAGGACAUCUGGGCCAGCCACGUCCCUUCCCCCACCUCUGUCGCCUUCUUUCUAAAGAGCCUCGUUCGUUUCCCAAACACUCAAGGAAUGGGAACCAAUGUGUUUUGGGACCUCCAGUUUAGACUGCCCCAGUCUUGGCCUCCUAAACUACCUUUAUGACUUUCUUUUUUACUGGUUACUAACUAAAGCAGAGUGAGAGCACUACCAUUUUCAUUCUGCUCCAGCCCGCAGCCUGCUUUUACAAUGAAAAGGCUUAACUCGUUGACCUUAGUCUAGUCCUCCAUUAAUUUCUGUGAUUAAUUUUGAUUUCUUUUCUAGGUUUGCCUAAUUAACCCCAGGGCACAGUGUGGCCCGGAGAGGCAGGGUGUGUGCGGGCAGUCCCUGGGGGGAGAGAUUUAUGAACUCGUUUACAAACUCAGGUGCCGCAGGGUUAAACAAGAGACUUCAGUGAAGGACGAGGACUGCUAGAAACAUGUUGCCUCCUUUUUUGAUAAAGAUACUACACACAAUGGAUAUGGUAAAUACUUCUAUACCACAGAAAAAGUUAGAGCACACAUGCAUUGAUUGAUACCAGGCAGCCGAGCCCGGGCUCUGGCUGCGUCUAAUUAAGGAUGGCAAGGACUGGCAUAAUUUGGAGAGCACACAGCCAGUUCGUAAGGACGACCCAGCUAGAAGCCGGCAGUGCCAUGUAGAAAUGUUGUGGGACUAGCAUUGCCAGAUAGUCUCAAUUUUUUCUCCUAGAGAAGCCCAAAAUCCAGAUUCUGAUAUGAAAUCUUACAAUUUCUAAACAUUGGCAGCUAAUUUUUUUUUUUUUAACACUGUGAGCCAAAGGGGCCAAACGGACAUGUUGGUGGGGACAUGUGGCUCGUGGGUAUCCAGUUUGCAACCUCUGACCUAAGACCGUGGACACCUUCUCCUCUCAAGACAACUCCUGGCACCCUUUCUCCCUCCGUGGGGCCAAACCCAUGGCUCUGCAAAGAAGGCUCUUCCGUGCCAGGGAGGUGCAGGCGGCCUCUCAGCUGUGAGCUGCGGGAUCACAGGGCUGCCUGCCCCAGCCCCGGAGCCCACCGGGGUGAAUGGCGCAGGUGCGGAAGAGGGGGCCCCACAGGCAGCUGCUCCGUGGGGUGCAAGGAUGAGAGAGUGGACUUGACGUCAGGCUGCCUGGCUGUGUCCACCACCCUGUCAUGCCACGACAACUUCCUGAACCACACACCAGCCCGGCAUUCUGGGCUCCUGUGAAGCCUGGGAUGGCAAUAAAUCUUUUUAACUUGCUGAGAA